AUGAGAGUUGGUCAUCUGUCUAGCGAGAGCGAGACUUUCUCAGAGCCAUGUCAUCAUAAUUCCAUCCGCUCAUCUCUAUCUCAAACCAUCAAAAUACCUAAGGGACCAGCGGCAAUGAUGAGAGUUUGCCCGUCUGCUUCUGAUGAGGAGGCUCCACGACGGUCGAAUCCGGCCCGGUCUAGCACUCUUAGCACAAAUAGGUCUUUCGUGAAUGGAGCAACUACUGAGCCAAUUAUAGAAGAGAGAAGCUAUACGAGUGGUGAUAAGGAAUUUCCGAAGAAUUCAAAACACCAUGACACUGUGAGCACACCUCUCGCCCACCUCAAUUGUCCUCAAGAAGCAACUGCGACAUUGAGUAAAAGGCAAAUGCCUGGUGAUAAAUGUAAUAGCUUAGCAAACCCCAAUCAUCACCACGCCACAGACUCACCACUCCCUUCCCCGAGAAAGAAUUACGAAAAAUCCAUACAGCGGAGAAGAAAACACAUUUGA